GUGUCAGACCAGGUACACCAGAGAGGCACGCUUCAUGAACUCUAUACUGAGCUUUGAUUACGCGAGCUGAGAGCCGUGUGACUCCUGAAUGACAUGUUGUAGAUGUGGAGUUGUAAAUCACUCAAAUAUGCAGCCUCUACUGCAUCUCUGAGCGUCGCACGAGGACUUUAAGCUGUCUUAAAGAUAGAAGUUGGACUUUGACUCAAGAGUCAUCAUAUAAAGUUGAGGAGAGAAAAAGGAGGUUAUUUUACCUAAAAGCGAGAGGAAAAGAGAAGAGGCCAUGGCCAUGUGGAGGACAGCGGGAGCUCUUCUGCUAAUACUACAAACUGUAUUUGGCCAGAGCAGCAUCACAUGGUGCACCAUCUCAGAUCCAGAGCAGAGAAAAUGUCAGGCCAUGUCGCAGGCUUUCGCCGAUGUCUCCAUCCGUCCGUCUCUCCGCUGCGUCAACGGAUUGACAGUUGAUGGCUGCGUUCAGAAACUGCAGAAAAAAGAAGCAGAUGCCUUGUCCAUGUUUGGCACUGACAUCUACAGACUGGGGGAGACCGCUUCCUUCAAGAUGGCUGCCAGUGAAUCAAAACCUGAUGGUACCGGUGCCUCCUACUAUGCAGUUGCUGUGGUGAAGAAAGCGAAUUCUGGCAUCAACAUCAACAACCUGGCAGGAAAGAAGAGCUGCCACACUGGCAAAGGCCGAACAGCUGGCUGGAAUAUGCCUUUAGGAUACCUCAUAGACCAGGGCUACAUGUCUGUGAUGGGCUGCAACAUCCCACAGGGUGUUGCACAUUUCUUCAAUGCCAGCUGUAUCCCGGGAGCAAGCGAGCCUGGUGACCCUGGGUCUCUGUGUCAGCUGUGCAAAGGCGAUGACAAAGGACUGCACAAAUGUGAGAUGAGCGACAAAGAGAGCUAUUUCAGCUAUGAAGGAGCUUUCAGGUGUAUGGCUGAAAAUGCUGGAGAUGUGGCCUUCAUCAAACACACAACUGUUGAGGAGAACACUGACGGUCGUGGUCCAGUCUGGGCGCAAACACUGUUGUCAUCGGACUAUGAGCUGUUGUGUCGUGACGGCACCAGAGCUCCUGUCUCGAAGUGGAAAACAUGCCAUUUGGUCCGCGUCCCAUUUCGUGGGAUUGUUGUCGGCAAUGACGUCACUCCCUCUGUGGUGUUCAACAUGCUGACGGAGGGCCUGAAAAAGUCAAGCUUCAACAUGUUUUCGUCUGCGGCGUAUGGAGGAGGAAAUGUACUCUUCUCAGAGUCAUCUGCCAUGUUUCUGGGGGCUGAGUCAGACCCCAAGAAGUGGAUGGGUCGCUUCUACGAUAAUGCCCUGAAAGCCAUGGACUGUAAACCUGAAGGUGUCCUGCGAUGGUGUGUGUUGUCCAGCGGUGAGCAGCAGAAGUGUGCAGACAUGGGCGUGGCCUUCAACAGUAAAAGUCUGACUCCAGACAUCAAGUGUGUCUACGGAGACUCUGUGACUGACUGCAUGAAGAAAAUUAAGAACAACGAGGCUGAUGCCGUCACUCUGGAUGGAGGUUACAUCUACACAGCAGGCAAAGAGUACGGCUUGGUCCCUGCUACGGGCGAGAGCUACACAGAGGACCGUGAUGGUUCCACGUAUUAUGCAGUCGCGGUGGUGAAAAAAAGUAGCGUUGACAUCCGUAACCUUGACGACCUGCGUGGCCAUCGCUCCUGUCACACCGGAUACGGUCGCACCGCUGGCUGGAACGUUCCCGUAGCAACGCUGAUGGAGAGAGGCCUGAUCACCCCUCAGCACUGUCAGAUGCCCCAAGCGGUGGGAGGGUUCUUCAAGCAGAGCUGCGUUCCCGGUGCCAACCAGCCCGGCUUCCCCAGCAACCUGUGUGGUCUGUGCGUGGGCGACAGCUCAGGAGAGAACAAAUGUGAAAAAGGAAAAGACCUGUAUGAUGGAUACGACGGUGCCUUCAGGUGUCUGGCGAAGGGAGAUGGUGAUGUGGCCUUUGUGAAGCAUUCUACUGUCUUCCAAAACACUGAUGGGAACUCUGGUGAAUCGUGGGCAAUGGAUCUCCUGUCUACAGACUUCCAGCUGCUCUGUUCUCAUGGUAGUAAAGCUGAGGUCACACAGUACAGACACUGUAACCUGGCUAGAGUCCCCUCCCAUGCUGUAAUGGUACGGCCCGACACCAACAUCCACGCUGUCUAUGGACUCCUGGACCGCGCACAGGAAUAUUUCGGCAGUGACACAGGUCCUGGUUUCAGGAUGUUUGACUCGCAGACCUACAAGGGCACAGAUCUCAUCUUCAAAGACUCCACUGUUCGCCUUGUGGGCGUUGCUGACAGAAAGAGCUACCAGGAGUGGCUGGGUCAGGGCUACAUGGACUCACUGGUCGACAUGGAGUGUAACUCAUCGAGCACAGUGAUGUCCUCUGUAUGGCUGCUGCUGCUGGCCCUGUUCAGCGGCAUGAUGACCAACGUCUGGAUGUAAUGUCACACAGGCGUCUAACCUUUUCUCCUUCUCCUUUCCGCCUCCAUUUUCUCUAUUCCUCAUUCCUCACCUCUUUCCAUUUCCUGUUUCCCCUCCCUCUCGCUCCACUCGUUCCAUGUCUGUGUCUUCUGUCGACUUUGUCUUAAUCUUUUCUCCAAUUUUAAUACAGAUAUCUUCAGAUGAUAACCUUCUUUAAAUCACCCAUCAUAGCCUUAAUCCAGUCCAGUUUAGCCCUGCUUUUCUGGAAACCUUUCUUUCCCUGAAUUUGUGCUUUUGUCUUAAAAUUGCAUAAUUUCUACCUGAUUUUGUUAUUUUAAUAUACGAGAAGAUGGCAUGUGGAGCUGCCUUUGGAUAUAAUUGGUGCUGGUGUUAAAAUGAAGCACAUAGUCUCCUGUUUUUGUGGCAGAUAAGAGAGUUUAGCUGCCAAAGGACUUUCAGCCCAUGUGAAUCAGAAAUGAUGAGAGAAGGUGCUGCUGCCACUUUGUUUACUGAAGGUGAGCUGCCAUAUCAGUGUGUAUGCUGCCACCUGUUACAUUGCUUUAGUGGGUUGUGCAUGCCUGUCUCUCCAAAGCUAGUUUUACAAAGAACGGGUUGAUUCUGAUUUUAAACUUCACAUGAGCCACAGAUAAUGUUUUAACUUCUGGUUUACCAUAGAGUCCCUCAUAAGAUCUAGAUCCCUUUACUGUCUAUCUUCUAAACGUGUACAUUUUGAGAUCAGUGACCAGGCCCUCUUGUCUUUUAAACAAUUGUUUAAACAAUUGUUUAAAAGACGUGCAGUGACUGACCCUAGAUCAGCUCCCGGGCUCCCCCAUUGCCAAAGGCUCUGUGUGAAUAUAAAAGUGAGUUUGCUGUUCUGCUGCUACUUGCUCUGGGAGUACUACUAACCAACACUGCCUUACCUUAGUUUAGGCAGUGUUUCUAUAAGCUAAUGCCAUAUCAGUGAAUAUGCACUAGUGUUGUCUCCGCGCAGAGCUGUGCUGGGGAUAGUGUGAUGAGGAGUGACUGAGUGUUUGUCCAUAGGCUGUCUGCUGCAUUCACCUCAAAUACCUAAAUAUCAAGAAAAAAAAGUAAUUUAGUUAAUCUGGCUUGACUCUUAUUAUUCUCUUAUUAUUUUGUAUUAUUGACGGGAACUGCUUUAGCAGCAGAUAGUCAGAAUACCUCCCACCUGCAGCCAUUUUUCAUAUUUUUAGCAUUUCAAUUUAAACAAUUGGACACAAAUGGAGUGGGCAACUCUGACACAUUGAUCAGGUACCAUCAGAUUUGAGGAGAACAUACAGAAAACAUCCUGUGGUUUGUGCUGGGUAGUGAAUGAGUUUUUGUUUGUCUGGAUAGUUUAAGUUAAAGACAAAUUUGUGUCAGUUGAAGAAAGACAACCUGCAUUAAUUUGUUAAUGUAAAUGCAACUGUUAUACUUUAAAAAGAAUGCUUGCUUUCUUCUUUAUUUGACUUGGAGUAAGAAAUUGACAUAAAUUUUGGUUUGGGAAGGGAUUUGGCUUAAUAUCUUUAGUCAUGCAAGAUUGGCAAAGAAAUAUACUAGGGUUAAAAGAAAAUGUAUGUUUAUAAUCUGCUCUCGUGUCCAAACCCAAACAAAUUGCUCCAGAAAUGUCUCUUUCUGACUCAAACUAACCUGUUCAUGUCAUAUCUACUGUACUAUCUGCUGCUUGAUGCCGUUUCCUGUUUUGAAAUAUUGAUUGGAUGUGUAUUUUCCUAUGUUGAGAGAUUUAUUUUUAUAUGAAGUUCAGAUGCCAUAUCAGUGUAUAUGUACUGACUCAUGCUGUCAGAGACAAUUACCUUCUCUUCCUCCUGAUAGAGAUGUAUUUCUAUGUGAAAUGAUGUAACAUGUAACUAAUAUUUAGUUGCCAGGCCAGUGAGUCUGCACAAUUAUUGGUACAUAAAGCUGCCGACUUGAGCUGUUUUCUGUGCUUGUUCAAAUGAAAUAAAACUAUAUUAAAUGCA